UUGGAAUCCCAGCAAGAAACCUGGCCCGUGCCUGUGGGUUGUCGCAGGCUCAAUCCAGUGAGCCAAAAGUGCUGCUAUGGAAGGGUUAUCUCCAAGUUCCGACCAUGCAUUCGCCCCAAAUGUGGCUUUUUGUACUACAACCCUCUGAACCAGAAGUGCUGCUUUGGAAGGGUCAUCUCCAAGUUCCGACCAUGCAUUAUUCGCCCCAAAUGCGGUCUUGUAUACUACAACCCACUGAGCCAAAAGUGCUGCUAUGGAAGGGUUAUCUCAAAGUUCCGACGAUGCAUUCGCCCCAAAUGCGGUCUUGUAUACUACAACCCACUGAGCCAAAAGUGCUGCUAUGGAAGGGUUAUCUCAAAGUUCCGACGAUGCAUUCGCCCCAAAUGCGGUCUUGUAUACUACAACCCACUGAGCCAGAAGUGCUGCUUUGGAAGGGUCGUCUCCAAGUUCCAGCCAUGCGUUCGCCCCAAAUGUGGCUUUUUGUACUACAACCCACUGAGCCAAAAGUGCUGCUUUGGAAGAGUCGUCUCCAAGUUCCAGCCAUGCGUUCGCCCUAAAUGCGGCCUUGUAUACUACAACCCACUGAGCCAAAAGUGCUGCUAUGGAAGGGUUAUCUACAAGUUGCAGCAAUGCGUUCGCCCUAAAUGCGGCCUUGUAUACUACAACUCACUGAGCCAAAAGUGCUGCUAUGGAAGGGUUAUCCCAAAGUUCCGACCAUGCGUUCGCCCCAAAUGUGGCUUCUUGUACUACAACCCACUGAGCCAGAGGUGCUGCUAUGGAACGGUUGUCUCAAAGUUUGUAGUAUGCAAACCUCGCGCCAGAUGUGGAAAAUAUUUUUAUUCCCCUCUGAUUCAGAAAUGCUGCUCUUACCCGAUACGUGUUGUGCCCAAGUUGGCCUCAUGCUACAUUAAAGGUUAGCAGUCUGAAUACGAUGCAAAGAGGACUUUGCACGAACAUUUCAGGCGAAAAAUAGAACAUACAAUUUUCAAAUACUAUCGAUAAAUAAGUUACUUUUUUGUCCGUUUAUUUAUAACUUUUACAAUGCUAGUGGUAAAAGCUUUUUUUAGUCUUAAGAUCUUCUGGCGUUUUACAUUAUGCUGACGUGUAAGGGCUUUGACUGUGGUAAUAAUUAAAAGAGUUAUUAAAGGUGUUAAAAGUGUUAUUAUUCUGGCGUAAGAAUCUCUGACGAUCAUUACUGAUCUUCGAUAGCCGUUUCGAUGUUAACAAAGUUUUAACUAAUGCUAUACGAACGUUAUGGAGAUAUUUUUGGACGAUAAUUUGGGCGUGAAAAAUGCAGUAAAAUUUGAGCGAAGGCAAACUAGUUGCUAUCUUGAUAUAGAAACCGAAAGACUUUGGAGAUGCAGUUUUCCUUCACAGUAAUUUCAUUCGAUUUGCAAAUGCUCGAGGUUCUCUGGUUGGGUUUUUGGAAAAGAAUGUGAUCUACCCCUAAAAGUGUUAAUGAUUUGAAAAUCGCCCGAAGACUUUUGAUAAGUUGGACAUCUUGGGCUAUCAUCCUUUUAUCAUCCCUGACGCAAUUUGUCCAGACCUAAGUACGUACAGCUAUAAUGACGGGAUCCCGUCUAACUGGGGGAUGAAGAUUUUCAGUGUACCUACACUCGCCGAGCCAGCCGUAAACCAAACCAACAACAGGACAGCGGAUAACACACUAUUCAUGGGGACUGCUUCCAAUCUAUUUGUAAACAUGGUCGGGUUUCUGCUCGCCUCUUUCAAUGCUGCCAUAAAAUUCACCUUAGCAAUUAAGUUAGCCAGCUCGGCAAAUAAAACCUGCACAGCUCAUGUAAUCACCGGCCAGACAGGUUUGGAUUCUACAUUUCAAGCCGUGGAUUUUGGAUUCCAGGUACUGGAUUCCAGUGUUUGUCAGUGGAACUUGGAUCAGUCUAGAUUCCAAUAGUUAGUGGGAUUCCAGAUUCCUUGAGCUGUAUUCCGGAUUCUAAAGCCCAGUAGUCCGGAUUCCACCAGUAAAAUUUACCCAAAUCACGGAUUUCCCAAGCAAAAUUUUCCCGGUUUCUGAAAUCCAGGAUUCCCUUUUAUUGGAUGACAUGUCAUCAGGACAAUGAAAACUUGUAAGGUAAUGGAAAAAAAUGCGCUAAAAUUUUGUCUCAAACUUCGUGUUUUGGGUCAGAUUCUUUACCUGGUAAGUUGUGAGUAUUUCUCCAAGUUUUAUUUUCACGUAAAAAGCAUGUGUAUUAUAGACCGAUCUAAAUAGCGUCUUUUUAACCACUGCCAUUCUCACUUAAUCCUAUUUUCUAUCACCUUUAGCAUGGCUUCCUGCGGGGCAAAUCUAUAGCACCACAACCACUGGAGGUUUGCUAUGUAAAUUUUGCUGGACUUGCUGGCUAGAGCGAGAGGAAGUGGAUACCACCUAAAUGGUAUCCAGCCAAGAGAUGUCUUGCUUCAUUCUAUGUUCCUUUGGGCUUCCAGUGUUGUAAACAACAAAUAAUUCUCGCAUUCAUCCAGUGUGGCUACGAGCUAUCCUCUGGUGUUUAGAGAACACAACUUGUUUCAUUUUUUAGAUCAUCCAUUUUACUAAGAGAAUUUCCUGCGCUUUGCCUGUUAUUAAAGAAUCUGAAUCUCGCUUUUUGCCAGCAUGUCUAGAAUAAGAUUUGGGGAAUGCAUCUAAGGGCCUCUUCACAUGAGUUCGGUCGACCGGGCUGGCCCGCUUACCACACACUGACCACAAGGACCAAUUUCACCUUGGGUUUAUAUGAGAAAUUUCAGCUCGGUUUCGGAGGUGAGAAAAGGCCGAAGACGAUCGAGAGUUGUGGCACGAAAUUCGAGAACUAAACGAACGUGCCGAAACACAAAGUUAUAACUUUCGCGCCUAUUAUAGCUUUGGGAACUCUUAUAGCUGUAUCACUGUUGUGAAACGGGAUGCUUAUGAUGUCAAGAGAUGAUGUGGAAAAUACAACAGAAAACAGGCCCGUAGGGAGAGCGUCGCAUCCCCCCCCCCCCACACAUGGCCCAUAGGUUCACUUUUCAGUUUAUCAACGAUCUAAAACAAAGUGACAUUACUUAUUUGUAAAAGCGGCUUAACAACCUUAAGGGUUUGUUUUUCAUAAUUUCCUGAUUUUUUGUUAUUUUAGUAGUGAAUAUAUCUGUGUGGAUUUCAUACAGGGUGCCUGUACUCGGUCUCUAGACAGCCAAGUCCAAGGAGCAAAUACUCACCUUCCCCACCCAUGACACUUAUGACUAUUCAAUCACUCCCCACAAGCUCUGCUAGCAGUGUUAUAAUUAUGAGUCACAGCAUUGAUUUGGCUGGGCUAGCCCGAAGGAAAAAUUCCUUGACUUUGCACUGCUUUCUGACAAGAAACUCUAAUCAAAGCGACAAAAUUUCGUCUCCCUAACCCCCUAGUUUUGACACAAAACAAGAAAGCCACCCACCCACGGAUAGAUCUGGGCCUGGGCUCUCUACUGACACCUAGCACGACAGCAAGCCUUCCGUUUUUUUUCGGCAACACUGGCUUGAACACGGGCGAAUAAUACACGGAUCUACAACUUUCUUUCUUUUCUUUUUCUUUUUAAAUAGUGACAUUGACAUCUGCCAUUCUCAAAAACAAGAGAGAAUGAUCUCUCUUGUCAAAAAUUGUAAAAGAAAGUAUUCUUUUUGCAAAAAAAGCUAAAACGGAAAUCAAUUUGAAGUUGAAAUUGAGAAAUAUCCACAUUCUUAAUGCAGUCACUGACAACCGAAUUUUACCCCUAGGGAGUUGCGCCUCCGGCCUCUUUUGGUCCGUCUCCUUGUUGAAUCGCACCCACCAGUAAAAAGUCCUGACUACGGGCCUGGACAAAGCAAGCUUAAGACGAUGCAGAAUUCAUUCGAAGAAUUCAUCCCGCUUUCAUUCGGGUAACCGGGCUGAAGUGUUCAUAUGGAAAAAUUUUCCGGCCCACUUACCGAGAUCUCGGGAACCGAGCCAGCCUGCCCUCUCAUAUGAACACAUCAAAGAAUUCAGAGGUAAGGCGAGAUCUCGGAAACCGGGCUCAUAUGAAGAGGCCCUAAGAAGGGCACGAAACGAAAGAGUGUAAAAAAUAUCAAGCGUUCAAGGGCGAAGUGCGAAAAUUAUAGUAGCCAAAAAUCAGUACCAAAAUUAUUAUACUAAUAGUUAGUGCUCUCUGAUGAAAUUUGUUUGAUAUCUCCUUCAUAACUCGGCUACAGGAACAUUUUGACUUCAUUCUCUUGAGGACUGUAGUUAAUUUCUUGCUUGUGAUUGCCUGCUAAGAAAUGUUUUCCUACCUUACCACACGUCGUCUUAAAAAACAGGUUCGGCUUUUUUUCUUUCUGUCUUCUCGACUCUGUACUUCUCUUGUAUUUUUUGUCAACUGAUCCAGAGCAGCUACAGUGGAUCCUCGAUAUAACAAAGAGCCAAUUGGAACUGGCAAACUUUGUUCGCUAUAACGAGGUUUCGUUAAAAAAAUAAAUCGAGGUUCUUUCCUAUUUGUUUUACUAUUACUGGUGCGAAGAAUAUCGUUUCGUAGUAAAAUCCAACUAGCGGUCUAUUAUCAAUGCUGCAUUCUGAUUGGCUGAGUUACUACUAAGGCUAUAUGUUAUAGCCCACUAGUAGCGAAAAGCGCUAGCUUUGAAAACCAAAACAAUGGCGGCUGAAUCGCAUUUCGCUAGCUAAAGCUGUUUUGCCUCGAUAUUUUUAACCAACUAGUUGGAUUUUACUAAAACAAUUAUUCCUCUUGCCCUCAUGGCCUCUGAGUCAGAGCCCAUUCGGGCUUGAGGAAUAAUUGUUAAUUAUACCGAGGAAUUUGUUAUAUAGAGGUUAUAUCCAGGUUUCACUGUAUUCUUAUAUUUCAAUCAAUUUUGUGAUCGUUUGGCACAGUGCUAAUUUUCCUAAAAUAUCCGAGUAAGUUGACCCAUUUCAGUACUCAGUUACUCAGUCAAGCGACAAAAAGGAAAUGACAGGGCACUAUUUUUACGAUUUUCCACUUAAAAUUAAGGCCAAAAAAUGUCGUCUCAUCUCCUUAGAAACAGUGUAACUUAACCUUUCAGUUUAUGAUUCACUCGGCCCGAAGUUAUGCCUAAGUAAGCUUGAACUAAAAAACCAAUAUUAAAGGUUUCAAGGAGCCUUACAUAUGAAAGGGGGCCAACAUAGACUGGGAUGAACUUCAGUUAGAGAAUUUGGCAUGGCAACAAGCUAUAAUUGAGCGUUUCUUUUGUGGAAGCUCCUCUCGGCUGUAUAAACUUUUACUCUAAAUGACCUGAAUAUCUUGUCUUACGCAUAUUCAGGCUAUUACCAGUUGGAUAAUACUACUUUGAACGUCAGUAGUUUUCAAGUGCCUACUUCUUGUUUCAGACUUAAAGGUAUUAGAAAACUGUAUUUCAAUAUAACUUCUGAAACCUCAAUGCUAUAAUGGAUGCCUUCUCAAAUUAGUUACUGCAUUUAUUGAGUAGCGCUAAAAGCGGGGAGCUGAAAGAAUAAUGAAAAGUUAUAAUUUCUAACGUUCCAAUUACGUGACUAAAUUAAGGUUUCAGGUGCCCUUUCAGCAAAUCGAUGACCAAAUAUAUUUCUAAGUAGGUACAGUAAAAUAACAAGGACCGCGGAGUUAAGAAUAAAACAAUAUUAACGAUUUAUUUUGUGCUUGCCUGUGUAGCGGACAUUGACUCCUACCUUUUAGCGUUAGGUUUACGAAUACAGUCAUCCGGCCACAAAUAUCUUUUAUUUUGAUGACAAUUUUAUCUGCCCCGUACAACUGAAUCAAUAGUGCAAGUAGAUAAGGUUUAUGAACAUUUUAACUUUUGAGAUUAAAGACGCUUCUCAAUGAUUCUACUGCAAAGAGACUCGAUGGUUGACAAAGUAAUAUUUUCAUCAUUUUAUGAAGGUUAAAUCGCAUCAACUGAUUCAUAUGAAGGAAGGAUAGGGAAUCAAUAUUGUUACAAUUAACGUUUCCUUUUCUAUUUACAUGUACUAUAUCUUGAGGACGUUAUAAAUUGUGGAAUGCUGCCUAAGUUUUUUUAACUUUUUGAUAACUUUAGUAGAUGUAGGGUCUUUCCUUCAUACAGGUUAAAGAAGAAAAAAAUGAAAAACGGCCAGUCCGUCUUCUUGAAUACAAACUGUGAUCAUUCAUCCUCCCAUAUAUUGACCAUUUAAGUAAGCACUCUUUUCACACUUGAUAUCUGCUGUAAGCCUCAUAAGUAGUUGCUCACACCUGAGAGGCAAUUACACUUUAAAAAGGACAAUUCAACUAGUAAUUUGGAAUUUGCUUCCGCUUUGCUUUGUUAGAAAAGGCCUGUUUCACAAACAGAAACGGCAUUAUAGCUGCAGCCAGCAUGAAGGGUGUUACUCGAGGAAUUAUACUCGUUCUUCUCGCGGUUUUUGCUGUUAUAAAAGCAGAAACAUUGGCUGAGGAGAGUGUUGCACCUCAUGAAAACACUCUCAUUGGGAUCAAUAAUGCUGAAGUUGUAGCUGAAAAUCCUGUAGAAGAUGACAGGGAAGAUGAAAGGAUCCCCACGCAAGAGGACAAAGGUAUAACCUUACGAACUUGACCAUUUCAGGACAACGUUUUGUUAGAUAAUUUCUCACACUUGCAGGCACUGCAAUUCACUUCUGCUUCAACCUGGUCUUCUAGUCAUAUUAAUUCCUGGUGUCCUCUUAGUUACAAGAAGGUUUUUUUUUAUAGUUUAGAUUGAACAUUCAAAGAAAAAGAAUACUGCUUUCUGUAACGGAGAAAUAACACAUCGCAAACCUUUUUUGUUCAAAUAGUCCAGACAAUAAGCAUGAAUAACAACUGAGAAGCAAGUGACUUUUCCAUCGAAAAAAGCAACCAAAAUGUCCACAAAGUUUUGGCAAGCGUCUUCGUGUCGGCUUUUAAUUUUCCGAACAGAAAAAAGUCCUUUAUUGGACUCGCUAAUGUAGCCUCUGCAUGGGCCUUAUAAAAUUAAACCGUGAGAACAAAAGUUCAAUCACUCUUAAAUAGUUCAGUACAAAUUCAAUAAAUCUACUUGUUGAGGUGGUUUUUCCCCGUAUGAUCAGUUCAUUGACUAAUCAAUAUUCGGUUUGUUGAAUUUUUGUUUUAAUUACUUUCUAUCAUUCAGAAACUGACGAGGAAAAUUGGGAAACACAACAAGAUCAAUUCAACGAAGAAGCAGCUGGCGAGGAAAAUGCUGACUCUGACGAGGAAAACAACUUACUCACAGGUAUUAGUUGAGCAAAAGUACAGUAUUCUUAAUUUCUAUUUGUUCCCACUAAAUCAAAACUUCCAGAUCCCCAAUAAUUACAUGGUAUCUGCCCCCUCUCGAUUAAAAGAUGGUUGCGAUUGUAGAACAUAAAAGGCUCCUCUAUGCCUCUAGUGAACUAGUCUUAUUCCUCCAAUUUUAGGUCUGAAGUUUUUGCGGGAAUUUGAGCAAAAGCUGCACAUACACUGAAGAAGUUUAACAGGCUUGAUUCGGGAGGGCUGCCCUUAUUAAUGUGUGCAUUUUUGGGAGUUUAAGUAGCUCUCUUAUUAUUUUAUAAACUGUUUACUGAUGACCCAUUUACAGAAGCCCAGGAUGAAGAUGAAGAAGUUUAUGACGAAGAAGAGGAGGACGAAGCAGGACAGGAUGAAGAAGAUUAUGAGGAAGAACGAGCUGCUGACGCUGAUGACGAAAACAGCCCUCUCAUGGGUAAGUCAGAAAAGUAGUUGUACUCAGUACGCUUCAUACCGUACAUACCUUGCCGUACAUUUUGUGGGUAACUCAAAUCAAACAAAACAAUAAUGGCUUUUAUUUACUCUGAGUUUGCUGAUAUAUAUUUAUACACUGAAGAGAUGUCAGACCUUUUUAAUGUGUGCAUUCAUUUUUCUGAGUUGAAAUAGCUCUCUUAUGAUUUUAUUACCUGUUUACUGAUGACCCAUUUACAGAAGCCCAGGAUGAAGAUGAAGAAGUUUAUGACGAAGAAAAGGAGGACGAAGCAGGACAGGAUGAAAAAGAUUAUGAGGAAGAACAAGCUGCUGACGCUGAUGACGAAAACAGCCCCCUCAUGGGUAGGUUAGAAGAGUAGUUGUACUCAGUACGCUUCAUUACCUAACGUACAUCCCUUGAGGUACAUUUUGUUGGUAUCGUAUUUCCUACAAUAAUAGCCGGGGGCCAUUAUUUCUUUUUCCGCACAAAAAGGGGGCGAUUAUUCGACGGAAGGCGAUUAUUUGAGGGAGGUGAUUAUUUCAAAUAUUGCUCACUGGAAAUCGUGCCCUAAAUAUUUUUUUUUAUCAUGCCAUUAAAUCAGAAAAUAAUCACAUCAAAUUAAUAUAUAACUGAACAUAGGCUUUUUAGGUGUUCCAAAUUUAGUUCCCUGAUUCAUUUUCAUAGCUUGAAACGUCACUGAUCAGUUUUGCUGGAUCACAUUGCACUUACACUUGACAGGGGGGAGGGCGAUUAUUCGAGGGAGGCGCUUAUUUUAAAUAUUUCCGUUCAAAGGGGGCGAUUAUUCGACUGAGGGAGGCGAUUAAUCGAAGGCCGGCUAUUAUUUGAGGAACGGUAACUUAAAGCAAAUAAAACAAUAAUAGCUUUUAUUUACUCUCAGUUUAUACUAAAGAGGUGUCAUGUCCUUACAUGGUAUAUGGUUCAAACAUUUCAAUUAUGAGAUAAGAUUCGGCCAAAUGAGUUAAAUCUGUUAAGUUUCAAUUUUGAAAAAAAAAACUUCUUUAUUCAGUAUAUAUAGUGACUAGAAGAGCCAGAUUGUAUAGCCAAAACUCUCUCCUACUACAAAAGACAUCAUAUACUUUAUGAGUUUAAGAUUUCUUUAUGUUUUACUUUCGACUUUCAAAUCCUUUUUGUUGCUACCACCCGCUAUCUACAUGAACCAAGUGGUGCAAAAAAUUAACUGCUUUCGAAUUUUGCUUUUUUCAAUUGACCCUAUUUCUUUACAGAAUCCAGCGAGGAAGCUGAUGAAAAUGUGCUAAAAAGCAACACGCCAGUUGCGUCACGCUGUGGUAUAUACAACCGAAUCACCCAAAAGUGCUGUUUCGGACGUAAAAUACCCAAAUUUCUCCCCUGCCGUCCUCGACCGAGAUGCGGUUUAGCCUUCUACAACCCACGGACCCAAAAGUGCUGUAACCUUAGAGUGAUCUCCCGGUUUGUCCCCUGCCGUCCUCGACUGAGAUGCGGUUUAGCCUAUUACAACCCACGGACCCAAAAGUGCUGUAACCGUAGAGUGAUCUCCAAGUUUGUCCCCUGCCGUCUUCGACUGAGAUGCGGUUUUGCCUACUACAACCCACGGACCCAAAAGUGCUGUAACCGUAGAGUGAUCUCCAAGUUUGUCCCCUGCCGUCUUCGACUGAGAUGCGGUUUUGCCUACUACAACCCACGGACCCAUAAGUGCUGUNAGCGAGGAAGCUGAUGAAAAUGUGCUAAAAAGCAACACGCCAGUUGCGUCACGCUGUGGUAUAUACAACCGAAUCACCCAAAAGUGCUGUUUCGGACGUAAAAUACCCAAAUUUCUCCCCUGCCGUCCUCGACCGAGAUGCGGUUUAGCCUUCUACAACCCACGGACCCAAAAGUGCUGUAACCUUAGAGUGAUCUCCCGGUUUGUCCCCUGCCGUCCUCGACUGAGAUGCGGUUUAGCCUAUUACAACCCACGGACCCAAAAGUGCUGUAACCGUAGAGUGAUCUCCAAGUUUGUCCCCUGCCGUCUUCGACUGAGAUGCGGUUUUGCCUACUACAACCCACGGACCCAAAAGUGCUGUAACCGUAGAGUGAUCUCCAAGUUUGUCUCCUGCCGUCUUCGACUGAGAUGCGGUUUUGCCUACUACAACCCACGGACCCAUAAGUGCUGUUAUAGGCCCACACAUGUUGUACUUAAGUACGCCUCAUGCCGUCGACGCGGUUAGAACAUUACUGAUCCUAGAGCAAAGAAAACGCAAAGAAGUAAAGCAAAUCGGAUGAACUGAUACCAAGUUAAUCUUUUCUUGAAUUUUCGUUUGGUUGUCAAUAAAAUUUCCUUGAUAGGUAAAAAGAUAUGGCGUUGUGAUUAUUCUUGUUCAAACAAAUUUUAGUUCUCUCAAAAUUACAGGAAAAAAAGAAGUAUUUCGAUAUGGUGAUGCCCUGGGGGACAUUCAAGGGAUGUUAAUGUACCACCGAGGCCAUCAAGCGCUAACCCUGAUUAAGACAUCCAAAAAAAUCGUUCAUUUCGCGACACUUUUAUGACAAGACUCCUUAUUUUAUGACCCGGAUUCAUUUCUUUUCGUAUGGCAAAAUUUAAUAACGUUUUAAAUCAGGGGGAUUGCAUCAUGGAAUUUUUUUGUGAAAAAAAAAUGAAGACAGUAUAUACUGAAGACCUCUUACAGCCUAUCUUCACACUCUUGUAAAGGCUGUCGGUCCAAAAAUGAUACGGCCUGUUUAAGGCUCCAAAAAGUGAAAUAAAAUUAUGUUCCCAGUUUAAGACUCAAGACCCUAAAAAAUAUAUCUUGUUCAGAUGCACAUACCAGUUUAGGCCAAAAAGAUGUCCCCCUGGGGUGGGGCAUUGACGCUACAAACACUUUUGGCUGUUUUUGUUCAGUAUGUCAAAAAGUCAGGGGCGCAGGCAGGCAUUUUUUUUCGUUUAAGCCCAGGAGGGAAACGUUGAAACUGAAAAAAAAUCACGAAAUUCAGUACAAGGAAAAGUAUUUUUUAGCGCAAAAAGCUCAAAAAUAGAUUAACCUACCCGUUUCGUGUAAACUUGGCUCGAAAAGCCUCAAAUGCGCCUUCUUUUGAUGCUUCUUUGACAGCCGUACGAGAAGAAUGUACCGCCAUCUUGUUUAGUUCGCACGCUUCCAGAGGAAAACCGCUGUCCGCAAAUUGAGGACUUGUGUUUUUUCUUAGUAACCGACCCAGAUCCUUUCUCGGUCAAAGGGAGUCAACUUAUGGUAAAAACGCAAACUUUGGCAAGCCAUAAAUCGUUUGGACAUGUUUCAUAGGAAACAAAACUACAUUUUUUGAAUAUAAGGCACCAUAAGCUAUAACCUGGCUAAAAAGUAUCCAGAUCUCAAAACAUGAAAUUUGGAUCAAUACCAAAGUAGUAUACCUUUUUAAAAUGCGCGUUUUGAACACAUGAAAAAACGAGGCAGAGGGCCUAGGAUGGACUUUCUUUCUGAUCACUGUUGCGCUACUGAAUUUUUAUUUCUUGUUUACUUUACGAUUUAUUCUUACAUUUCUUUUCUUUUAAAAAGUCACAUUGAAAUCACAAGAACACUGAUUUUGUUCUUUUUAAGUAUUUUAUCAAUUAAAGAACUGCAUACUAUCACGAAAGAAUGACUCAAUAAUGCCGUAUAUGAGAGACAAGAACAUCGUCGUUAAUGUUGAACUUCUACCGAAUGACAUACUUUUCCGAUAAUAAUCGAUAAAAAUUGAGAAAUCAAUCAUUGAAGAUUUCUAUCGGAAAAUGAUACCCAUCGAAGAUUAAUAACGAUUACUAAUUAUCCGUCUAUCGAUUAACUACGCCUGAAAAACUUAAUUGUGGAGGCUGCGAAAAUCUAAAAAUUUUGUAAAAUGAUAAAUGCUGUUAUCAUAUAUGGCAUUCAACUGGCAUUGCGUAACGCUCGACUAAAAUACGCUGGAAACCGAAAUGUAGGUAUUUGAUUGAGCCUGUGAGCCUGAUUUUUAGCAAACAUAUUAAGCACCAAAGUGAAAGAAAACGCCAGCAUAUAAAGUAGUUAUAGGAGUGAAUUGAAAAAAUUGAAAAAAAUAAUAAUUUAAUUAAACGAUUUUUUUUCUCCAAGUUAGCAAAGAUAAGAGGUAUUUUCUCCUACUUUUCCUUUCGCAGUUGUAUUUUCGGUCUUAUAUUGGAUGCCUGAAACUUGUCCUUCGAGCUUAUUUUCAGUCAAAUAUAAAUGGCUUAUGAUUUUCGGUUGGUAAACGUUUAGAAGUUAAAGAGGCACCCUCCUUCAUUUCAGGCUUCUCUUUUUCUCUUUUGUUCUUUGACAACUGAUUUGUGGCAGUUAUUUUUAUUGUGAUCGUUCGGUUAGCUAAUUUUUUAAAAAAAUAUUUGAGUACUGUAUUUAUUCGAAUAAGCGCCCAACCUCGAAUUAGCGCCCACCUCGAAUAAGCGGCCAUCCUAAAGGCAAAAAAGUUGAUAAGCGCCCAGCCUCGAAUAAGCCCUCACCCCACCCCCUCCCCCUCCUUACUAAACUCAAAUAAGCGCCCAACCUCACCCCACCCACUUGAGUGACAAUGAGAUUGAAAUUGAAAUUAAAUAAGGACCGUAAUAAGAGACUUUCCCGAAGACGGAGUUUUCUUCAGAGUAUUUUACAGAAAUCUUUCUUUGUUAUUUCUUCGCGUUUUGUUAUUAGCAUUUACUCUUUUGUUGCAAAAUAAAUAUACUACACUUGCUGAAAAUAGUGAAAAUUUAAUAAGCGCCCAGCCUCGAAUAAGCGCCCGCCUCAAAUAAGCGCCCACUCUCAAGGUCCAAAAAUUUAAUAAGCGCCCAGGGCGGUUAAUCGAAUAAAUACGGUAAGUUGACCCAUUUCAACACUCAGUUACCCAGUCAAGCGACAAAAAGGAAAUGACCCGGCACUUUUUCUUUUUCAAUUUUUCCCUAAAAAGUUCUCCAAGGUCAUUUAGCCGAAAAAAUGUAGUCUCAUUUCUUUAGAAACCAUCGUUGACCUUUCACUUUGUUACUCACUCGGCCCAACGUUAUCUCUAAGUAACUGACCUAUGAAAUAAACGUUACAGGUUACAUUAUUUAGUCUUACGUGUGGGAGGCCAGCAUAGACUGGAAUAAACUUCCGUUUUGGGAAGCUGGCAUAGCAACAAGCUAUUUUGUCUAUGAGCACUUCUUUUGUAGAAGCUCCUUCAGCUGUAUACACUUGUAAUAAUAUCUUAACUAACGCCUAUUUAGGCUAUUAGCAAUCGGAUAAGAUUACGUUGAGCGUGAGCAGUUUUUAAGUGCCCACUUCUUGUUUCAGACGUAAAGGUACUAGAAAACUAUAUCUCAAUAUAAUGUCUGAAACCUCAUAAAACUAACGCUUUCAGUUUGGCCCUCUUGAGUUUAGAUGUACAACAUAAAUGAUCAUCAUUUUUAAAUGAAAAAAGAGGCGAACACGUCAGUGCAUGGAGAUGUUGAAAAACUAAUCACCGUAAUCAUAGAUUAUCACACUGUUCUAUCAUAACCCAUGGAUUGGGAAACCAUUAUUGAAAAACCAAUUUAAUGAUCAUUUUUCCUUGAAAUCAUGCAUGAAAUGAAAUCUCAGUUACUCGAGCAGGCAAUAUUAAAAAUAAAUAUAUAGAUUUAGCCAGGGCUAAAAGCGAAGCUCCCAUUAAUAAAUUAAUGAUUUAAAUCAAACAAUAAACUUGUAAUCCACAAAUCAGUUAACUUAAGGGCACAUAUGUGACUUUUUAGGGAAAGCUAAGUCUAAGCGAUUUUAGAGUGAAAAAAAAUCUUACAUCGAAUUGAUAGCCGGUAUAUAUACACCCAAAAAAUAGCAAUCAUCGUCGAUCACAUUUAAGAGCCAUAAUAGCUCUUGAUCACAGUAGAUUAGGCCUGGAAAACGAAUUCAUGGAAAAAACAAAUCAGGCCGAAUAUUUCACGUUCGACAAGUUAACUUAACAAAAUCUUGCCAACAACUCUGGGUGCGUGUAAACCAACAUUUCAUACUUUUUAUGCAUCACAUCUGAGGUGAAACAGAAAUAUGAGGCGCUGUUUUUAUCAUACAGACCUCAGACAAAAUGCAGUAUUUCACAAUUUUUCAAGACAAAUUGCACUCAUUCAAUAUUCAGAACCGUACGAAGCACGCGUGGGCUUUUAGCAAAACCGUUCAAAGAAUUUCCAAAAUCACCUAUACGGCCAGCCGGUUGUCACUUUUGACAAGCGCCAAAUCUUCGGUGAACAUUAAAAGAGUUACGCUUCAACAUAAUAAAGAAUUUAGUGUUUAUUUUUUUUAUUUAAUGGUUUUAUAACGAUGUGUAAUCUUAAAAAGCGUUUGAUACGCGCAGCAUUUUGAGUACUCCUGCAAGCGUUGUCUAUGAACGACUGAAAACAAACAGCAAAGCGAUUAAAAUUGCAAGAGACUACUCACAAUCAAUAAAAGAAAUGUAAUUCGGUGAAACAUUUACAGAGACAACAAUUUUCAUUCACGAAGACAAGUAUUAAAGCGUCUCUAAAAAUCCUGAGUCUUUACGCUUAAGCCUAAAGCUUUUAGCCGGCUUCCUGGUGUUUACUGUUUUCAGAGAUGAACUCGAGGCAAGAAAAUCGCUCAAAGCUUUCUUUCUACAGCCAAAAUUAUAACUAAAUACUCUUCAGAACGUUUUUUCAUUCUAUAUGCGGAGAGAAAAUAUCGACUAAAGGCUUUUUAAAGCUCUGUAAGCUUAUAUAUACUAGAUCAGAUCAUUGUCUCAGAUCUUAAUACAAACGUGCAUAAAUUAGCCUCAUAAACUGCGCUCGACUUCAUGAAAUUAGAUAUAAAGAAACAAACAUACACUGUAUACAAUAAUUACUCAGGCUUACCAUUCGAUAUGCAGCUCUUGAAAGCUAUCAAGUAAGGCCAGAAUCGCUUGAGGGACUUUUCAACCCCGCAUCCAGCAAAGUGAAAAACGAAAACGAUGCAUCCGAAAUCGGAUUUCCAACUUUGACAACCGGCGCAUUUCCCAACCAAAAAUUCAAUAAACAAACCAGCCAUGAAUCAAAGAAGACUGUUGAUAGCAGCUGUAUUUCAUUUUAAGCAUCCAGUGGAAAAAGACAGUAAAAAACAUCACAAGUUGACAAAAUACUCUGUCAGCUUCGGCUGUCAAAUUAAGCAAGGUUCAAGAUGCUGUAUAAAUUUUCUGCAUGAACUCACCUGUCAAAUUUUGACCAAUCAGAGCAUAAAAAUUGGACGGUCGUAGAGCGUGAUCAACGCGUGACUAUGGUGAGAAAAGUGAAAAGCCUCUGUCUUCCCUGCUUGUAUUUUUAAAUGACUGGCUGAAUUUUCGCGUCCGAGAUCAGUUUGAAAUCAAAAUGUUAAUAACGCGGGGCCAUAGUGACAUUAACACAACACUUUCUGUCAUCAUGUCAUUAUUUUGCUGCCGUUCUCUUUGCCUUUGUAUUUCUCUUGCGCGUUGCCUUUGUCUGUUCAUUCUAGCUCUGUCUCGUUCUGCUUGCCGGCGUUUUUCACUAUAAUUUUCUCUCCUUCUUCUCGCUCUGACUCUUUCUACUUGCCGACUUUCUUCGCUAAAAUUUGUCUUCUUCUUCUACUUCUAACGCGCUCUCAUUGGCGAUCGUCUUCGCUUGUUCUACGCGUGUUGAAUCUUGCUCUCUGCCGUUCACCUUCUCUUUGCUCUCUGCUUAAAACCUGUCGUCUACACGCUAAAAUCUCUCUGCUGUUGUUUGUUGACAUAAUAGCUUUCGUAAGUUGUAAUGAAAAGUUAUAAAGGCUCUGUCGAAAAAUCUUUUUGCUAAGUUGCUUUGAAAUUUCUUUUUUCAAAACCAGUUGCGCGAUAUAAUUGCGCGACGUUGCUCCAUGCGAUUUCCCGCCAAAAAAUCUCUACUUUCCUCUACCCCAAGAGUCCAUGCGGACUACUUUCCACUACCCGGAAAGUCCGUACGGACGGACGUACGCUGACGUCAUAACCAAAAUUUCUCGGAUGGGUAGUUUAUCUUAGUUAUGGUGCUCCGCUCGCGCGCGCUUCGCGCGCGCAAGGAGCUCCGCUAUUAACCCUUCAAAUGGCUGAACAUGGUAACGGCUAAGCUAAACUUGGGCGCGACACAAAUUCCUUCAUUUACGAACAUAGUGAUAACAAAAACUGAUUUAGCAGAGAUUUAACGGCAAAUCAGUCCGGGGUAAAAGAAGGAGUCUUUUCCUGAGUCUUGUACACAUGUUCGGUAUGUUAAAGACAAUUAGGUAACAAGAGUUAUAUUUAUUAGACCUUUCCAUUGGACCAGUUGGAGAAAAUUCGUCAAAACGGGUCAAAAGAAAGCUAGCCUUAAAAUUAGUAAAGAUGCCAAGUUUAGACGUGAUUUGUUGAAAACUAACGAAUAUUCAGCCCUACAAAGUCGCCGAACUUUAGAGACGUUUGUAUGGUGGGGGACCAAGUUCGUACCAACCCACCCACGCCCCCCUCGACUCACCAAACAGAAGUCUGUAAAAUUUAGUGACUUUGUGAAGUAAUAUAUCUUCGCUCGCUCUCAAGGUAUCACAGUUUCCCAAUUUUAAGGCGCUCUUUCCAGAUGUCUUUCCAGCGGUGUCAAUGAUUAUUCAUCUUUUUAUCCAAACUUGAAAAACCCGUGUAAGGGUCUAUUCAAUAUAAGACUCAUGUAAUGAUAACGUACUCGCCAUUUAACUGAGGUAUUUGUGCGCAUUUUGUUAUUUUCACCUUACAGUAAGCUCAGUGCAACCCCAUGGCCCGAUGCGGAAUUGCCCUUUAUAUAACCUCAAAAUGUCCAGUCAUUCCUUCAGUUUCAUAUCAACGGAGUAGUUGCUCAGUGGAGCCAAAAAUAGAAUGUGCUCAAGCUUAGCAGCGCAGUAGAAUAAGAUAACGCUGAACGUAAGCAGUUUUCAAGACGUGAAGGUAUUAGAAAAUUCUUUUUCAAUAUAACGUCUGUAACCUCAAAAAAACUAACUCUUAAAUAAUGACCACCUCCUUCACAAUGACACAGUGGUCCCGUGGGAAAGGAAUUAUAGAUAAAAACUGUUUUUAAAGCCAGCUCACUCGUCAAGUAAGCAAGCGCGCGGUAAUUAAUUUUCACCUUCACGUAAUUCAGAAUCCUUUUUAAUCAAAUUGAAUACUGGAAUGGAUGGCUUCUCAAAUUGGUUAGUAUUUAUAGAGUAGCGCUAAAAGCGGGGGGCUGAAAGUGACGUGAUAAGUUGUGAUUUCUGACGUUGCAAAAUAAGUGACUAAAUUAAGGUUUCAGGUGCCCUUUCAGCAAGUCAGUGACUAAGUAUAUUUCCAAGUAAGUGUGAUCAAUACAACCAUAUUAACUAUAUGUUUUGUAGCGGGCAUUAACCAGAAUACAGUCAUCUCCAAAUAUCAUUUAUUUUGGUUACAAAUGAAUCUAUAGUGUGAAUAGAACUACAGAGAUCAAAGAGGCUUCUCAGUGGGACUCGAUGAUUGACAAAUUAACAUUUGGCAAAGUAGCAUUUGCAGGGUUAAAUCGCAUCUAGUGAGUCAUAUAAGGGAGGGAAACGAUUUAUUUACAAUUAACGUAUUCCUUGUUGAUUUUUUACACGAUUAAAUUUCUGCAAACGUAUUAUACCCUUAAGUAUUUGAUAGAUAAAACUGUGAACAAUUAUAUGGACUCAAACGCACGGACGCCAAAUGUUACCUUUUGUUUAUUUGUGUCUCUCUAUGAAAAUUUCCGCUCAUUUUGACCGGUAUAAAAUCUCUUGGCCUUAAAAUGUCAUAUCUCUAAAAUGUAGUACCAUUGAGAAAGAGUUGAAUCGCCAGCUCAGUGAUAAAACCCGCUUCGAACUCCUCAAUUUAUUUCCUCGCCAAACGCCAAAUAACACCGUGCUUUGGACAUAAUUUGCAUCAUCUGGUUGAUUUUGAUUGACGGAUCGAAUCAGGGUAAUGCGCAUAGGGCUUUCCACAAGUUACUCGGCAACUUUUUGGCAACUUCUCGUAUUUCGAGCAACUUUUUGCCUUUCAAGCAACCUUUUGCAUUUUGAGCAAUUUCUCUAGUUUUCUUCUAAUUCUGAGUUGUCGGAGCAGCUUUUAGUGCUUUAAUUGGCCUUUCUUCCAUAUUUCACAAUGUUUUAGUAGACAAUUUAUGGAUUUCCUGUAAAAAAGGAGCCAAAUCAUGGGCGCAAGAUAAAAGUAGCCUAGCUGCCAGGUCAACGGGUUUUUAGAGAAAAUUCAAAAUGGUGGACGAAGAUUCAUACUCGACUGACUGAACUGACUUGGGUUUCUAAGGUGAAGAAAGUCAUUUAACAGUUUUAUUGGAUCAUUACAUUUUUUGGUUUUAAUUGAGGACAAAGUUAUUUAUAUAGCAACGUUCGUUACGCUGCAAAAUUGCACAAAAAUGCUUAGAAAUAUUACAAUUUGCAUAUUUUAGAAUCAGACCAAAAAAAAUUUAAUUUGCUUUUUCGAGCAACUUUUGAGCAACUUUCGUCACAAAAAGCAACUUUUGAGCAAAUUUUUGAGAAAUUCCGGGAAACGUUUUGGAAAAUCUCGAGCAACUUGUGGAAAGCCCUAAAUGCGCAUGUAGAUAUGACGUAAUUCAAAAUGGCAUCGAAAAUGCAGAUGAUAUGGAGGAAAAAAUACAACUUAAAUGGUUAUCUCUGGGAAGCCCAGAAUAAUCAAUUACCACAGGAUUCCUAAGAUUAGGAGAGUUGUGUUCUCCUUCCUCGUAGAUUUAAAGCUUUUUUCAGCUAGGAUGGAAUAAUACAGUCUGGUAGAAAGUAAAAUAAAAUUUUGGUAGGAAUUUAGAUAACCAAACCAGCAUUCAGUUGCUUGGUGAAGUGUUAAAGUUAAACGAUAUUCUGAGCUAAUUUCAUUAUACGUCAUCUUAGGUGAUUAAAACCAAAUAACUAAAUACUGGAUGUAUAGCAGGCCUUAUUGUGAGAUAUACUGGAUCCCUUUACUGGCCUUUAAUGUACCAAUAUACGAUACUCUUUAACAAUAACGCCGUACAGAAUGUCAAUUCUUCCGUUAUAGUGUGGUAGAUUCAUACAUUUCAGACCUCACUGUGUAUUUUCAUUUAGAAGCAAUGAAUGAGAAAAAACCGCUUGAUAACCGUUUUUUGUUGUUGUACUUUUAAUAAAUCUUGGGUUUUUCGAUAAAAGAGCCGGCACUAAUAACAUCUGUCAAAUAUUAUAGUGCAUAAUCAUAUAAAUAGUUUUACGUACACUGUUUCUAUUUUUUAACCACUUGGUUUAUUGACGUAAACAUGAGUGGUGUGAGAAAUGUACUAUCAAUACUAAAAAUAAGACUAUAACUUACUACGCUCUAUAACUUAUAACUAAGCUCUAUUUCUGAUUAAUAUUAGGUUCCCUGGAUAGAAUAUCAAGUAAAAACGGCGUUUCAGUAUAUUCAGUUAUAAGAGAUUAUACCCUUUAAGCGUGUUGCCAUAAGCCACUUCUGCUUCCUAAUAGGUUGUGAUAUUUCAGGUCAUGUUUUAUUCGGGUUCAAAUGUGAAAAUAGUUUUUGUCAUUGCUAUUUAUGAAGACAUUAACUAGCGACUGGAAUAACUUAUCUACACCAAUGGCGAUGAUUAAAUUACUUUUUAUCAUUAUGCUUCAAUGUAAAAGACUUAAGACUUUACCUUAAACCAAACUUGAACAGUCAAUCUCAAACUCAUUUAUUUAAUAAUUUAUAAAGAAAAUACAAAGGAAAUUCAUGUUUAAUUAAUGAAACACUUCGAAGUUCGUCAAAAAUACUCCGCUGCGCGUCGCGUGGUAUUUUCAACUCUCUUCUCGGUGUUUUAUCUGGUGAUCAAACACUGCGUCUCAUGUUUGAUAUAUAGUACUUAAACGUGCUGAGGUACCCUGACGGAGAUUUAAAUUGUUUUGAAACCACAAAGGCUGGUGCAUGACUCAGGCUUAACUCUCAAUAUCAGCAAAUCCUACAAGUUUCAUCCCAAGUACGAGAAAUGACAAUUUUUUAUGUACUCUGAGGAUUAUAUUAGAUAUCUUGGCAUUUCGAUCAAUGAAAAUUUAACCUGAUUCACCUGGAAACAUCAUAGUGAUGCUAUUUAUGCACUGAAAAAUCAGUAAAACCGUUAACUUACUUUUUUCGUCAUUGGAUGUGCUGCCUGUGAACAAGCAUCAACAUUCUAUGAAUACUUUAUUUCUCAAGCAGACUACUUUACUCUUGAACGUUCUAUAUUAGCUAAUACUGUAAGCAUCCUAUAUCUAAACUUAUGCAUGACCUCUUUAACAGAACUGUACUAGUUAACGUUCUAAAUGUAUUUCAAGAAACAAGCUUUGUCACUCUUACAACUAUAGAGUAUCUACUUCAGGAUUUUUGUUGUCAAACGUUCCGACUUGAAUUAAAUAAACUUUUUUCUCUCUUUCGACCAAAGUUAUGGAAUGAACCUUUCCAUUUCCGACAUCUUGCAAAGAAUACAGUGUUUCUACAUGACGUCACGGCGGCCAUUUUGGAAUUCCAAAACAAUAAAACGGCGGCCACGUUGGUGUCCCAAACCAAUCCUGUGAGAGUUGAACUCUUUUCUUAUGAAAACGCUCUCUUUUGUUCCAAUAAAUAUACAUAGACGCUGGCCACGUAAGUGAAAACGCUGACUAUAAAUUAAAUUAAAUUCUCUGUACAUUUCUUUGUGUUAUUUUGAAUAUACAUUGAUAAUCAAAAUAAUUUGUAAAAUGAGCCAAAAAUUGUGAGUCAUACAUUCUGUUUUGCUUAACAUGUUUCUACUUUAACGUUUUUUUUCUGGUUUUGAUUUAAUUAGUUUAAAUUUGUACACCUUAAUAUAUGCGACCUCAAGUUUAAUCUCGGGACUAUUGAUUUCUGAUCUAUUCCUUUGUUUCAUGCCCUGUUAGUUCUCAACUAUACUACGACUUUUAAUCCACUUUACUACUGUAAAAUUUUUUUGAUACAUUUUCGCCUCGAGCAGGGUUCAAAUGUUGUCUUUAACCAUUUAAAUGAAAAAAAACUUCUACCGGCGGCGUGUUUGCUUCAAGUGUAUAGAUUUUUUUGUACUCUCAGAGGAAAACGAAAAUGGAGAUACUGAUGCAGAAUGAAAAUAUAGUUGUUUAGUUCUUCUUUUUUUUAUCAUUUUUAUCAUUACAAUACACAACUCAACAAGGAAAACGAACAAAAUUCAGUGUGCAGUAUUUCUGACGAGCACCUCAUCGACAAACAAGGGAUCUCGAAAAGAAGUACAUUUCGUCUGAAGUAAGACGCCUAUAUACCUUGCGUCGUUAUUUAAGUAUUCCUUUCAAUGAUAUCAGAAAGCAAAGUGUAAAGCUCAGAAGAACGGUUUAAAAAGCUUCAUCAAUUUUUUUAAAAAAGUAGAAUGAUUUAGACUAAAGCUUGCUUGAUUCCAAAUAAUCCCUAAUCCUAGAGUUAAUAAAAAGUUUUUGUGAGUUUAAUAGUCUUGUAAAAAAAAGUGUAAUCACUCAGGUGAAUCCACUAUUACUUCUUCUUUCCAUUGUAAAAUGGGGUACAAAUACAAUUUACGUAGGUUUCUUUUUCCAAUAUAAUAUCUGAAUAAGUGGACACUUGUGCAGUUAAUUCAUCACGCUGAAACAAAAGUCGUAUAUUGGAACAGUUUUCCUCUUAAAUUUGUUAUAAAAGGCGUUAUACACUGAACUAGUAGCAUUCGAAACUUGAGAGCAAUAAUGAAGCGUGUAGCUCAAGGAAUUGUCGUCCUCCUCGCGGUUUUUGCUGUUAUCUACGCAGAAACGUCUGAAAAUGUUGCUUCCGAUGAAAGUAUUCUUAACUCGCCUAAAACCAACGAUAGAAACGUAGCUGCGACUCCAGCGGAGGAUGAAAAAGAAGACGAGGCUGUCGCUCUUAAAGAAGCAGACGAAGGUAGGAGCGUCUAGUUAAAAUUAUCAUGAACAUUACCUAUUAAAGUAAUCUAAUGAUGCAUAUACAUGAAAUCGUUAGAUUCACAAGAUUCACAGAGAUUUCCGUAUCAUUGCUUACUUACUUACUUGGGGAAAUAUUUGUGUGAAUUUCUGGUAUCUUCUUAAAGGCAAUGAGCUACGGAUUGAUAGGUGUAAAACAGGGAUAGAGAUGCAUGCCCGGCUAUGCCCAUUAGCGGUUCUACUUUUUUACUAAGGUAAGAAUAAUAUUCAGACGGUACAAUUUUUCUCUAAAAGACGGAGAUGAAGAUGCUGAAGAUGAAGAUGCUGAAGAUGAAGAAUUUGAAGAUGAAGAUGCAGAAGAGGAAAAUGCUCAAGACGAUGAAGAUGAAGAACAAGAUGAAUAUCCGGAAGAUGAAGUGGCCGAAGCUGAUAAGGAAAGCGACCCACUGACAGGUAAAAGCGGUUUCGCUCACCCCAUUGCCAGUUGAUUGCAAAAUUCUCGUCUUUAGUAAUGAAGAACAUUUUCAGCUUAUAAUUACAUUCUUAUCCAGUCCGUGGAACAGCUUUUGGAAGCUUUUGUAGUUUAGUUUGGCUAAACAAGAAAAAAAAAAGAGAGAGUAUUUAGCUGUUUUAUGUUCAUGCAUCGGAAUGGAUGUAGAUUCCAUACACGGCACGACGCCCGCUCUAUUAAGGAAUUUGCGCGUACCAAAGACGAGUAGGUAUUAACUUCGCCAACAGGCCAGUAGGAGGAAGAAAAUCAGCCUGAAAUUGCGUUAUUUAGAUUACUGGCACAAUGAUAGGACAAACAGAUCAUAUUGGAGUCUGUGAGACGUCCUUUUUUACCAUAAGCAAUCGCUGCUUCUAUUCAAACGUGAGCUUUUUUGUUUCAGAAGAGGAUAGCGAAGAUUAUGAAGAGGAAGAAACACAAGAAGAUUAUCCCGAUGAAGGUGAUGCCGCUGACGAGGAAGACACCAAAAAAGAAAGUGAUUCAGGUAUUAUGACAUUGAACAAGUAAUAAUGAACAACAGGAACGUUUUUGUGCACUCGAGAGAAGACAGCUAGGAGUUGUGUUUUGAUCAGGAGAUAUAUAAUCCUGGCAUUUGCACAUCUGGCCACGUUCGUAUGCAAUACAACUGAAACAUUUUGGAAGAAUUAGCAUUGUACAAACCUGGCGAUCGUUUCACGGCAAACGCGAAUAAGACAAACAAAACUCUCUUUGCAAAGGUAUUGUAACUCCGAAAUCUCUUGAUCAGCUGUUUCCAGCACUAUAUCAGUCGACAGUGACGCAUCUUACAACCUUGCAAUAUGUAGCAAGGGAAAAAGUGCCUGACCGUUGCUCCUAUCAGUAACUAAAAGCUUUAAUCUUUUCUCUACUGGAAAUUGGCCUGGAAAGAUUACUCAAAGAUUACUAAAAAAGACUGAAAGCUAAUUUAAGUUUAUAGUAAAACCUUCAACAAAAGAGAAGAGCAGGCCGAUUUGUAGUGCCUUUAGAUAAAACCUGUCGGUUCGCGGUUUAAAUGUCAUUAAUUAAGUGAAAAUACCGAAAGAAAGUUCACGUAGUUAUAAAACAAGGUUGUGUUAAUUGAAAGUUCUUUGCGCCCGUCUUAUGGCACCUAUUUAACCCUAAUUUUGUCUCUCCUUCAUAUGAUGUAAAAUAACGCUUUUGUCUAAUUGUGAAUGAAACACUUUUAUAUAGCCAAAGUAUGAUGAUCGACUGGGCAAUUCUUUGCAUCACGCAUAUAAAAUUAAAAGCUUUUUAUUUUAAUUACCCUUUCAGGUUUGGAAUCCCAGCAAGAAACCUGGCCCGUGCCUGUGGGUUGUCGCAGGCUCAAUCCAGUGAGCCAAAAGUGCUGCUAUGGAAGGGUUAUCUCCAAGUUCCGACCAUGCAUUCGCCCCAAAUGUGGCUUUUUGUACUACAACCCUCUGAACCAGAAGUGCUGCUUUGGAAGGGUCAUCUCCAAGUUCCGACCAUGCAUUAUUCGCCCCAAAUGCGGUCUUGUAUACUACAACCCACUGAGCCAAAAGUGCUGCUAUGGAAGGGUUAUCUCAAAGUUCCGACGAUGCAUUCGCCCCAAAUGCGGUCUUGUAUACUACAACCCACUGAGCCAAAAGUGCUGCUAUGGAAGGGUUAUCUCAAAGUUCCGACGAUGCAUUCGCCCCAAAUGCGGUCUUGUAUACUACAACCCACUGAGCCAGAAGUGCUGCUUUGGAAGGGUCGUCUCCAAGUUCCAGCCAUGCGUUCGCCCCAAAUGUGGCUUUUUGUACUACAACCCACUGAGCCAGAAGUGCUGCUUUGGAAGGGUCGUCUCCAAGUUCCAGCCAUGCGUUCGCCCCAAAUGUGGCUUCUUGUACUACAACCCACUGAGCCAAAAGUGCUGCUUUGGAAGAGUCGUCUCCAAGUUCCAGCCAUGCGUUCGCCCUAAAUGCGGCCUUGUAUACUACAACCCACUGAGCCAAAAGUGCUGCUAUGGAAGGGUUAUCUACAAGUUGCAGCAAUGCGUUCGCCCUAAAUGCGGCCUUGUAUACUACAACCCACUGAGCCAAAAGUGCUGCUAUGGAAGGGUUAUCCCAAAGUUCCGACCAUGCGUUCGCCCCAAAUGUGGCUUCUUGUACUACAACCCACUGAGCCAGAGGUGCUGCUAUGGAACGGUUGUCUCAAAGUUUGUAGUAUGCAAACCUCGCGCCAGAUGU